AUGAGAGAAACCGAGAGAUCGACGCUACUAGAAUUGCUCAAAAGUGUAGACUGCGCUGAAUAUCUCCCUUUGUUCAAUACGCAAGAAAUCACACCCGACUUGUUGGCCAGUAUGGAUAAGGAUGCCAUACAAGAGCUGGGAGUAUGGAAGGUUGGUGAUCGGCUCCGUAUACAGUUACUCGUCAAGCUUUUAAGGAUAGAGAAUAUCAAGGGGGAACUCAACGUCAGGACAUUGAGAAAAAGUAUCCAGGUAUCUUCAAGUUCCAUACAGAAUACUAUGAAAGCAAUUAACAUUGAUUCAAUGAAGCCUAAACCUGUGCACAUUUCCUUGAUUUUGCCUGAUGGGAAAACACUUGGGCUUGAUGUAUCGACGAUUGAUGGUAUCAAGAAGAUAUGUGAGCUUGUGAAUAUCCCUAACGGGAGACUCUCGUUUAUUGAUUAUUCAAAUAGUGGCCGUGUUCAUGAAAUUAAAACUGAUCAUGAAUUAGCGGAAAUAUUAAAUGCCGAUACCGAUAGAUCAAACAUCAAGCACAGGUUGAUUGUUUCGAAAAAUGCCGAUCUCACUGUUGAUUCCAUCAACACCUCAAAUAAAAUACACAUGAGGGGAAAUACUACAUUUUCAAAAGGUCAAUCUAUCAAACCAUUUAUGGGUGGAAGACCACCUAGUGAGCUGAUUAGCACAAACUUGAGAGAUUACUUUCCUGAUUUAAAUCAUGAGGAAAUUGAAGAUAUUCGUCGUCGUAGUAUUCGGAUGUCCAUCAACGGGCAGAAGCUAAUUGAGAAACUUGGGAAUACCCCUGUUGGAAAUAGGUUUACGCUAUCAUCUACAAAUGUGAGGAAUUCAGUGUACAGUAGAUUAUCGAAUAUUUCUUUAGCAUCGAAUCGAUUGAGUAUGGCAAGCAUGAUGAGUGGAAUAUCUGAUGUUUCAAGUUAUGGGAUCGGUCAGGCUGUUAAAAUUGAACAAGUGAAUUCAAGGAAACUAGAAGAAGCACACGCACCUGCAGAAGACCAAAAUGACACAAUGAUUGAAUUGAUGGAUGAAAGUGAAGAUGAAGAAUACUUUGAUAUCGAUAAUGAUUUACUUGAGAAGGAGGUUACAGAUGGACCAAGCGUGUGGCAUAGGGGACCCAAAAUUGGGCAGGGUUCCUUUGGUGAUGUUUACCUUGGACUUAAUGGUCUCACUGGGGAAUUAAUGGCAGUGAAACAAGUGGAUGUUAAUAUCGGAGGUAACAAAACCCCUUCUGAGGGAAACGAAACAAAGAUCACAGCAUUGAAAAGGGAGAUUUCGUUUUUGCGAGAUAUGGCACACGAGAGGGUAGUCAGAUAUUUAGGGUGUGCACAAGAUGUUAAUAGAAUGUACAUUUUCCUUGAAUACGUUCCUGGUGGAUCUGUAGCAAGUUUGUUAGGGCUUUAUGGUGCAUUUGCACCCCCUCUUGUGAGGUCAUUCACUAAUCAGGUGUUGAUAGGUGUGCAAUACCUCCAUUCCAAGGGUGUAGUCCAUCGAGACAUCAAAGGUGGUAACAUACUUGUUGACAAUACUGGUGGUGUUAAGAUUGGUGAUUUUGGGAUAUCCCAACGAAUCAACGAGGAAGCAGAUGCAAAAAACAAGAAAUCCGAAUCAUUACAGGGAAGUGUUUACUGGAUGGCACCCGAGGUCGUCAAACAGCAGUCAAAGGAUACAGGGCCUGCGGCUGACGUAUGGGCUAUUGGAGCGUUGGUUGUUGAAAUGUUCACCGGCACACACCCUUUCCCCACUCUAGCACCAAUGCAAGCACUGUUUCAAUUAGGUACAGGUAAAGUGUGUCCUGAUACUCCGGAUGCUGCUAAUGAAAAUGCAAGAGCGUUCCUCAAAAGGACGUUUGCCCUACAGUGCCACGAAAGAGCCACCAUCGAAGAGCUUCUAGAGAUGAAGUGGUUCAAAGAAAGUAUGUAA